AGGUGAGUGAACUCAGGAGCUUGCUUUACAUGAGGGACGAACUGUUUUGGAGGAAAAUACUGCUGUGACAUCAGGCUGGGAAGCACCGUCCUCUUCACAAGGAGCUGAAUUUUCCUGCAGAUAUAUCAGGAGAGGAGAGGCAUCAUGGGGAAACACAACAGUAAGCUGGCCCCCGAGGUCCUGGACGACCUGACCAAGAGCACAGAGUUCAACGAGACAGAGCUCAAGCAGUGGUACAAAGGUUUCCUCAAAGACUGUCCCUCUGGCAUUCUCAACCUGGAGGAGUUUCAGCAGCUCUACGUUAAGUUUUUCCCAUAUGGUGACGCCUCCAAAUUCGCCCAGCACGCCUUCCGCACGUUUGACAAGAAUGGUGACGGGACCAUCGACUUCAGGGAGUUCAUCUGCGCUCUGUCCAUCACCUCCAGGGGGAGCUUUGAGCAGAAACUCAACUGGGCCUUCAACAUGUAUGAUCUGGAUGGAGAUGGAAAGAUCACACGCAUGGAGAUGCUGGAGAUCAUCGAGGCCAUCUACAAGAUGGUCGGCACGGUGAUCAUGAUGCGCAUGAACGAGGACGGGCUGACCCCUCAGCAGCGCGUGGACAAGAUCUUCUCCAAGAUGGACAAGGACCACAACGACGAGAUAACCUUGGAGGAGUUUAAAGAGGCGGCCAAGUCCGACCCUUCCAUCGUCUUACUGCUGCAGUGUGAUAUGCAGAAGUAGAA